AUGGAGAACAGCACUCCCGGGCCAACAGGCGCGUCGACUCGGAAGCGGAAGCGUAUCCCGAUUGCUUGCAGCUCCUGCCGUGCUCGGAAGUCGAGGUGCGAUGGUGUUAGGCCUCAGUGCUCCGCUUGCGUCGAACAAGGUAUCGAAUGUAUCUACGCAGCCAACUCUGGUGGGAGCAAUGCGCUGGUACCGAAACAAUAUCUCGAACAAGUUGAACACCGCUUAGCCGAUGUCGAAGAAGAAAUCAGUCGGCUGAAAAGACUUAUACCCGCCUCGUUUCUACAAGGAAAGCAACACGUCCUCUUUCCACGUAGUGUUUCUGGCCGUACCGACGACAUUUCGGAAGUCAACUAUCCCGAGGAGUCACUGAAUGUUGAGGAUGGAAGCGUCACGCAGGGGAUCACCCCCGACGCGACAGACGGUGUUGGCUUCACGGCCAUGGGCCUCGAUGUUCCCUUUAUACCUGCUGAUUCCAUCAUCAAUCAUUCAGGGCCGUCAUCCAAUAUUGCCUUCACGAGAAUUAUUCGCCGCACGCUCGACCACUUAUUGAAUAAGACCCAAAAAGAUGAGCGCGGAGAUGCAUCCUCGACACCUGCAAAACAUGCACAACAACACAUCCUGGCUGUCUCGAGAUCUCAGUCACCAGUCACUGAUUCCUUCGACUCAAGGAAACUCGAAAAGCCAUCCGAGGCAUUGCGUUUGCCACCCGAAGAAGAGGUCAUCAAUCUUGUGCGCCAAUUCUUCCGUGACACAGGUCUCCUAUUUCCUUAUAUACACGAAGAAAGUUUCUGGAAAACGUACGCUCAGUACCGAGAAACGGGCAUGCAAAAUGCGAAAACCGCUUGGCUUGCACUAUUGCACAUGGUUUUGGCCAUGGCAACGAGUACCAUGAACGCUACAGGUGUCGGUUUGAGCGAUCGACAGGCAAUUUCAGAUGUUCAUUACCGGCGCGCCAAAGCCCUCUCUAUGACUGAGAUGAUGACAGGGGCCAACGUAGAAGCAGGUACUGCUGCAGUCCCUUCCCUUCCGUCUUCAGUAUCUGCUAUAUCUCCCCACACGCUUUACGGUGUGACCGCCGCCGUGAUUGACGAUCUAUACGAAAGCAAUAUCGGGUCAAUAUCUGCCAUUCCGUUAACAAACACAGUGGCUAGUGUGAUACAGAUUGGACAGAAAUUGGCUGAUUGGCAGGCAUCUUUACCUCUAUCGAUGCAACUUGUAGAGCCGAGUGAAGUCGCCAGCCCUGAGGGGAAGUUGAUGUUACUGAAGUUCCGAGUGAUACUGACACUUCGGUAUCAUAAUUUGCAACUCCUGUCGCAUCGCCCAAUACUAGACCGCUGUCUACAAUCAUUCGAUGGAAGCCCUCAGUCUCUUCAGGAAGCAGCCACGCUGCAACAGGCGUGGCAUCUUAGUAGAACAGUAUGCCUGCGGUCGGCGGAAGCUAUCAUUCGCUUAGUUGAAGCCUGCAAACUUGCGAAUGAUGUCCAGCCUACCGUUUCAUUCCUUGGAGCAUGGUGGUUUAGCCUGUACUUCACCUUCAAUGCCUCUUUGACUAUUGUUGCGACAAAGCUGGUCGAAGAUAGCUAUGGGUCUAUGCCUUUUGAUCAAGGAUAUACAAAUACCGCUAUACGGCUUGACGAUAUUCUAAAGAGUGCAGUCAGUUGCAUUGCGCGAUUGGAUAUCCAGAACCCCAUGGUAGAGAAGUGCGCAAAGUUCACUGCGACCUUGAUCUUCAUGAUUCAAAGCUUGCAAAUGACUCCGGGUCGGGACGAUAUCGCUCAUGAAGUGGGAGGGAUGGGGCCAAGCCACGCAAUUCCCUCGAAUGGAGGUGAGAACGCGCAAAGCACGCAUAUAUCGGCGAAUAGCGGAAUGGACGACGCCUUUUCUACCCUGAUGAACUAUCUCCCACCCAACUUCAACGAUUUCCCCAACACUGGUGCAAACUUCUCCAUGUCUGAGUUGAUGGAUGAUUUUGCUACAGGGGACUUAUUUUGGUAG